UAAUCAAAUAGUUAUAUCCUAAUCUACACAUUAAUUAAUUAAUUAAUUAAUGUAAAAUCCUACAAAUUGAGCUGGAUUAAUCUCUUAAUUAAUUCCUUCUUUUAACAUAAAGCGACCAGGAGCCGAGAAUGAGAAAAGAUAAGAGUACACUUUGUCAAAAAAAAAAAGAAGUAAAAUUAAAAAUAAGAGAAAUUAAUACUACUAGAUUGUAGGUGACGUCACUAAAAUUACUCAGCUGCAAACUGAUGACCUGGCCGCCACGAGUCAUUUGACCCACGUGUAUUUUUUGAAUUUAACGAAUUUGAUUAUGACCCAUUUUAAUUAAUUAGUUAAUAAUAACAAUAUCUAUUUUUAAAGUAACUUUCCAAUUUCAUCCCCCCUUACACCCCUUACUAUAUCAGGUUGUGUUUCAUUCAUUAUUACUUGAAUUAUUUUCUUCAUAUAUAAAAAGGAAGUAGUGAGCCAAACUAAUCCUUCAUCACUUUCACAUUUCACAUCUUCCAUUAUAUUAGCAAAAAUUAAACAAGUUUAACUACUCGAAAAGGGAAAAAAAAAAAUACAAGAUGAACUCAUCAUCCUCGGAGUCAUCUUUUAAAUCUUCGUCUUCAGAAUCAUUCUCGUGGGAAGAAUUUGAUUUAUCUAAUAUUCUUCCCUUCAUCGAGAACGAUUCUGAAGAUAUAUUUUUGCUAGACAUUUUGUCUAGCAAUAACAUACCAAAUUUCACCACCACAACCACGACCACGACCAUGACUACGACCAUUGGAUUGCCAACUUCAUCCUCCUGCUCGAUGAAUCGAGUCAAGGAGGAGGAAGUGACAUCCUCAAUGUCUAAAACCAUCAAAGAAGAGGCCGCGAUUAUUACCCCAGAUGAAAAAUCUUAUAGAGGAGUAAGAAAAAGACCAUGGGGUAAAUAUGCAGCUGAAAUUAGGGAUUCUACAAGAAAUGGCGUAAGGGUUUGGUUAGGUACCUUUGAUACACCUGAGGCUGCUGCUUUAGCUUAUGAUCAGGCCGCGCUUUCGACUCGUGGGACGCUGGCUGUACUUAAUUUUCCGGUGGAUGUAGUAAGGGAUUCGCUUAAGGAGAUGAACUAUGAGUUUGGAAAUGGGUGUUCUCCUGUAUUAGUGAUGAAAGAUAGACUUUCUAUAAGGAAAAAAAAGUCUAUGUGCAAGAAAAACAGAGUUAAAAGCAGGGGAUCAUCUUUGGAAAAUAAUGUGUUUGUUUUUGAAGAUUUGGGUUCUGAUUACUUGGAACAAUUGUUAACUGCAAGUGAAAGCAUGCAUUAGUACUUAAUUAGUUAGGUUUAGGUGAUAUUUUUUCAUCAUUUACCUCUUAAAUGAAAAGUAUUGUUUUAAUUUUUGUGAAUUUCUAGAUUUUUUUUGGAAGAUUUUCUUGUAAUAAGAUUUUGGAUGAAGUAUAUCAAUUCUUAAAUUUUUUAUUUGCA